GGGAAUUGAAUUGAAAGAGAGAGAGAGAGAGAGGUGGGAAUUAAGAACCCUAAAUCCCCAAAUCGUACUACUUACAGAGAGAAGAUGAAUAACCAAAAUCAGAAUCAACAAAAUCAUAAUCAAUCAAGUGAAGUGAGGCAUGAUGAUGAUGCUGCACUCUCAGAUUUUCUUGCUUCUCUUAUGGAUUACACCCCUACUAUUCCAGAUGAAUUAGUGGAACAUUAUGUAGCCAAGAGCGGAUUUCAAUGCCCUGAUGUUCGAUUAAUAAGGCUUGUUGCAGUUGCCACACAGAAGUUCAUUGCUGAGGUUGCCACCGAUGCUCUUCAGCACUCUAAGGCAAGGCAGUCUGCAGUAGUCAAAGAUAAGAAACAGCAAAAGGACAAACGCCUAACCUUGACGAUGGAUGAUCUGUCUAAGUCACUACGUGAGUAUGGAGUCAAUAUGAAGCACCAAGAGUAUUUUGCCGACAGCCCCUCUACUGGGACAGAAUCUACUUCAAGGGAGGAAUGAGCUUGGAGUUGAGCGAUCUUAUCCCGUAAACCCAACGGAGAUCCACAUGAAGCUCAGUAUGUAGACUAGAGAAGAUUAUAAUUGUGAUUUUGCGAGAGAUGGAGACACCAUCAGUGUACGUUAGCAAAUCUUCUUUCUCAUUACAAAGUAAUGAACAUGCAUGCUUCUAUAGCUUUUCUCUCUUGAUAUUGUACACUAUUGUAAUUUCGUUAAAAUUGUUUUAAAUGAACUCUGUUCUUGCCUAAAAUUUAAAUCAAGAAAAUCUAUUAAAAUACUUACUUUCAGUUUCUUUAUAA